UGAAAAACAAAACAAAACGAACCAUAUCAAAUUUGUAAUCAGAAAAAUGGUACGUCAUAUUUGAGAUGUUUGUCGGCUGUUGUCUGGUUAUUAUUCUCAUUGCAAUUUGUUGUAUAAAAUGAUCGAACAAUUCAGCAUUAGACAUCAUAUUGAACCGGCAAUCGUUUUCAUCAUUGAUCAUUCACUUGAUCGAUCAUUAAUCAUUGAUUCAAAUAAUUAAUUUUCUAUACAGAAAUUUGUUAUAUAACGUUUUUUUUGUUGUUGUUGUUGUUUCAAGUUUUGGUUAAUGAUUUUUCAGUCAAUCAAUAAUCAAUAAAAUAUGUCUAUUAAUUCUAAUAAUGAAUCGCAACAACAAAUUUCAAUUGUAUGGCGUAAUCUUUCGUAUCAUCAUCAUAAUCCAUUGAUUUUGAAUGAUAAAAAAUCUUCGAUUCUACAAUGUUUAAAUGGUCAUCUUCGUUAUUAUACAUUGAACGGGCUUCUUGGACCAAGUGGUUCUGGUAAAACAACCCUAUUAAAAUGUCUUUCCGGUUUAUUGAAAUCUGGCCUAAGUGUUCAUACGGAACUCUAUCUGAAUGCAUCGGAAUCGAAACGUUUGACAACAUUACGUUUUAUUGGUCAAAAUAUGAAUGACAGCAUUUAUACAAGAAUGACAAUUCGACAGAUUUUAUCAUAUGCAUUUCGUUUUAAAAAUGAUCGUUCACAUCUAUAUGAUAUUGAUUCACAUAUAUCAAUCAUAAUGAAUGAUUUAUUAAUGGAUGAAACGAUUCUGGAUCGACGAUUUGAUCAAUGUUCCGGUGGUGAACAACAUCGUAUCAUUAUUGCACAGGAAUUAAUGUCACUUACGCAACCAACAUUUUUAUUCAUCGAUGAACCAACUACUGGAUUAGAUAGUAAUGCUGCAUUAUUGAUAAUGAAAUGUUUAUGGCGAUUAGCUCAUCAUAAUCGUAUGACAAUAUUCGUAUCGAUUCAUACACCAAAUACGGAUAUUAUGACAUUGUUUGAUAAGAUUUAUAUUCUUGCCACAGGUGGUUUGUGUAUCUAUUCAGAUUCACCGGAAUUUUUGGAUGAAAAAAUCGCUACCGAUCAAGCAAAAAUUAGUAAUCAACAACCAUCAUCAUUAUUAUCACCAAUUGAACGAUUCAUUCAAAUAGCCUGUGAUGGUAUCGAUAAUCCAAUAAUACAAAAAUGGACAAAAUUAACAUUGGAAAAAGAAAAUGAACAAUUUAACCGAAUUAUGAUGACUGAUGAUGAUAAUAAUCGGCUCAAAUUUCAACAUAAAGGCAUUGUUAUCCAACAGAAAUCAUUUCGAUUCAAAGAUCUUUACAUACAAUUACGUCGAAUGUUCAGUAUUGUAUUUAUGAUCGAAUGGCAAAAUCUUCUAUCAAUUAUGUUAUUCUAUAUGAUCGUUUUUCCAUUUAUUGCAUCAUUUUUCGAUGAAAAAAUUGUACAAUAUGAUGGUUGUAUGGAUGAUGAUAAUGAUGAACUCAAUGAAUCAACAAUCAACAGUAAUCAAACCUGUAUGGAACGUUUACAGAAUGAAAUCAAUACGAAUGAAUAUAUGAUAUAUCUUUGGUAUUGUCAAAGUAUAUCUGGAUAUUCAAUAAUGAUGUUAAGUACAAUAUCGAUUACAUCAAUGUUUCACGUGUUUCGCAAUGAACAUCAAAAUCAAUGGUAUCAUUUCGGUGUAUUAUUCACAUCGAUAACCUCAAUAACAUUUAUACAACUUGGUCUGUUAUCAUCGCUAAUUGGUAUAAUGAUCUAUUUCAGUGUUGAUCAUAGUUAUGUUGAUCAACAUCAUCAAUUAAACUGGUAUAGACUCGUACAUUUUAUCUGUUUCAUUUGGCUAAAUAAUAUCUACCUACAAAGUUUUGGUCAUCUAUGGAGCAUAAUAUUUUCCGGUAAAUCAGAAUUGGCAAUCAUAGUGGGAAUGUUUUUCUUUCAAUCAACAUUUCUAUUCAGUGGAUUUAUGAUUAAUCUGAAUCGAAUAUCGGCGAUGAAAAUAUUUUCCAAUCUAUUCCCAGUGAAAAUUAUUUCAAAUGGAUUAAUGUAUUCAUUUUAUGGCCUAAAUCGUUGCCAUAAAUCAUCAAUUCUCGAUGAUUUUGAUGUCAACAUUGAUCAUGUUUACAGUGAUGUUUACCUUAUCAUUGUACAUUGUUUAUUGACACGUUUUAUUACCUAUAUGAUAAUGUUGAUGAAAUUUAUUGGUUCGAAUAUUUUUUGUUGGCCAAAAAAAUUCUCACCAUUCACUGAUAUUAUCCAUAUCAUUAAUCAUCAUCAUCAUGAUAAUCGGAAUGCCAAUGAUAUGACGACUGAAAUGAUAAAAAUCAAUAAUUCAUCAAAAGAAUUGAAAAAAAUCAAGAAAAAUCAAGAUAACGAAAAGAUUAUAAUUGCAUGGCGUUCGAUUCAUUUAUUUGCAUCCAGUUCAUUGUAUGAAAUACGUUCAAUCAACAAUAUUGAUAAUCAUAAUAUGAAAAAAUUAAUAUUGAAAAAUUUAAAUGGACAAUUUCGAUUCGGUACAUUGAAUGCUGUGAUGGGACCAUCUGGUUCGGGUAAAACUUCAUUGCUUAAAAUUUUAAAUGGUCAAUGGAAAACACGUCUAAGUUAUGAAAGUAAAUUUUAUCUAAAUCGAUUUCAACCAAUCAAAGGAUGUUAUCUACAACAAGAUGUUUCUGGUCAUCUUAUGUCCGGUCUGACGGCCAGACAAACAUUAGUAUAUGCAUCACGAUUGAAGAAUUUGAUUCAAUUGAAAAAAAUUGAUCAUGAAGCUAUAGCCGAUAAAAUUCUUAAUGAAUUAUCAAUUAUACAGACAGCCAAUAUAGCCGUACAGAAUUGUUCGAAUGGUGAACGUAAACGUUUAGCAUUAGGUAUGGAAAUGACAUCCAUAAUGAUGCCUAAUUUAAUCUGUAUCGAUGAACCAACAAGUGGUUUGGAUUCAAAUUCUACCGAAAUUGUUAUCGCUUGUCUUCGAAGGAUUGCAUACGAUCAUAAUGUAGCAAUUGUAGCUGCCGUUCAUCAACCACAAACAGAAAUAUUUACAAUUUUCGAUGAAGUAUACGUAUUAGCCAAAGAUGGUGUGUGCGUUUAUUCUGGACGACCAAAUGCAAUUGUCAACCAUUUAUCAAAGGUAUUGAAUUUUGAUUCAAAAUUGAAUCAUCAUCAUCAUAAUCAAUUUUCACCAAUCGAACAACUUAUCAAUUAUUGUUCAUUAGAAAUGACAGAUUCAAUUGUACAAAAAAUGGUCAAUAUUACCGAUGAUCAUAUCAUUAAAAAUGCUGAAAUACAAAUUCCAAAACAAUUACAAUUAAUAAUUGAUGGUAUCCAAAGAAAUCGCGAAAGAUUUUCAUUAAAAUCAUCAUGGAUAUUAUUACAACGUUAUAUACAUAAUCCAUUGUUUAAAUGGACAAUAAUAAUGUCAAUAUUUCCAAUAAUACUCAUUGUAUUAUUACGACAGUUUUAUCCAGAUCGAAUUGCCAGACAAAAUGGUUGUUUUAAUUUUAUUGAAGAAGAUUUCAACAAUACAAUUUGUGAUGAUGAACCAAACGGAUGGAAAACGAUGAAUAAAGAUCUGUUGGAUAAUACACGUUUUACAAUAUAUAUGACCUUUAUUUUUCUUACCUGGAUUCUAAUACCGGCUAGUAUUCUAUUUACACGUGAAAUGAUAUUAUUCCAUAAUGAACAUCGAAAUGGUUGGUAUAGUACCGGUGCAUUUUAUUUGAUGAAAUCAAUGGCCGAAUUUCUGCCAAUGUUCAUUACAACCAUUGUAUUUGUUGUUUACAUUGCCAAUAUCUAUGAAUCAUCGAUUCAUUUUAAUGGCCUGUAUUUCUGGAUGAUUUUAUUGUUCAUUUUUGGUUCAUUAGCAAUGCAAGGAAUGGGCCAUUCAUUAGCCAUUAUAACGAAUGGAAAUUUUUUUGCAUUAAUAACCAUAUUACCUGGUUGGAUGACAUUAUUAUUUUUAUUAUCAAAUUUUGCAUCACCAAUUCAACGAUUAAAUUAUUUAUAUCAAUUUUUAUCCAAUUUAUCACCAUAUCGUUUUGUAUUGGAAGCAUUAUUGAUACUUCAAUAUGGAUUUGAACGUUGUCAAUCGAAUGAAAUUCCUAUUGUACUUUAUCAAAUGAUGGCAAUCAAUAAUCCAUAUGAUCAACAUUUUUAUCAUUGUAUUCGACAAUUAAUAUUCAAUAUUUUUUUCUAUCGUUUAUUGGCCAUAAUAAUGUUGAUAAUAAGAACAGAACCAUUCGAUGAUUAUCAUCGUAAACGUUGUGAAAAAAUUCAUCGACAAAUGUUACCACAAUUAUAA